AUGGCAGAUGAGGUGGUUCUGCUAGAUUUCUGGCCAAGUCCAUUUGGUAUGAGGGUGAGAAUUGCACUUGCUGAAAAGGGUAUUAAGUAUGAGUACAAAGAAGAGAACUUGAGGAACAAGAGUCCUUUACUCCUCCAAAUGAACCCGGUUCACAAGAAAAUCCCGGUUCUCAUCCACAAGGGCAAACCCAUUUGUGAGUCUCUGAUUGCUGUUCAGUAUAUUGAUGAGGUUUGGAGUGACAUAAAUCCCUUGCUGCCUUCUCACCCUUAUCAGAGAGCUCAGGCUAGAUUCUGGGCUGAUUAUGUUGACAAUAAGAUAUAUGAUCUUGGAAGAAAAAUUUGGCAAUCAAAAGGAGAAGAAAAAGAAGGUGCGAAGAAGGAGUUCAUAGAAGCCCUUAAAGUGUUGGAGGAAGAGCUGGGAGACAAGGCUUACUUUGGAGGAGGCAAUCUUGGUUUUGUGGAUAUAGCACUUGUCCCAUUCUACACUUGGUUCAAAGCCUGUGAGAGUUUUGGCAACCUCAACAUAGAGAGUGAGUGCCCCAAGUUUAUUGCUUGGGCCAAGCGGUGCCUCCAGAAAGAGAGUGUUGCCAAGUCUCUUCCUGAUCAGGAUAAGGUCUAUGAGUUCAUUGUGGAGAGAAGAAAGAAGUUAGGCAUUGAGUAG